AUGGCGAAACAUCCCGAGGCCGGCCCAGUACAGGAGAUUAAGCAUCAAUAUCUCGAGUUUGAUACGGUUCUCCCGACUCCACGAAUCACGUUGCCCCCGGGACCUGAACAAUCACUACCACCGGAACAACCUUGCUUGAAGAAAUAUACUUCUCCGUACCUCUGGCCAAAAUGGCGCAAGGCAAUGCUGACCUGCAUUUCGUGCUUCUCGACAGCAAUAGCCGGUUAUUCCACUGGUGAGGUUAGUCCGGCAUCAGAAGAAUUAACGGAACAAUGGGGCAUAAGCAGCGUGGUGUACAAUCUGGGAAUUACAAUCUUCUGUAUUGGGUUUGCGCUGGCGCCUAUGGUAAUCGCACCGUUCUCCGAGGUCAAUGGGCGUCGUCCUGUUUUCAUCGCAAGCGGGAUCUUGUUUACAGCGAGUACGAUCGCUUGUGGCGGUUCUCACAUAUUUGCCGGGUUUCUGGUUGCUCGUUUGAUCCAAGGAGUCGGCGCAUCUACGUUCGCAACCGUAGUGGGCGGCGUGAUCAGUGACUUUUAUGAGGCAGAGGACAGGAACACACCAAUGGCAAUAUAUUCCGGAGGCGCGCUUUUUGGCACCGGCCUCGCCCCACUGAUAUCCAGUAUGAUUGUAUACUAUACAUCAUGGCGCUGGGUGUACUACUCUCACGCCAUAGCAGCCGGAUGUCUGGUCGUUCUUAUGUUCCUUUUCUUCAAGGAAACGCGUGGAAACGUAAUCCUACGUGAGAAGGCUCAAGCUUUGAACAAAUAUUACGAUCAAUUGGAAGAGGCAGGGCAUAUUGGGGUGGUGCUAAGCGACAAGGACAAAGCCUGUCGCAUUCGAUGGAAGGUUCAAAGUGACGAACAACGCGCCUCACUCACCCAAAUGAUUCUUACUUCUUGCUAUCGUCCAUUCAAUAUGAUUGUUACCGAACCCGUGGUUUUUUUCUUCUCACUUUGGAUUGCGUUCAGCUGGGCGGUCCUCUAUCUCCAGUUUGCCGCGGUUCCGUUGGUCUUCGCGACCAACCAUGGCUUCAAUAUCCAGCAGACUGGCGCUGUCUUCACCUCGAUCUGCGUUGGUGUCGUCCUCAUGACUUCCAUAAGCAUCGUUCAAGAAAAAUUAGCCUCCCGCUUUCGCAUCCUUCCCAAGUCCGCUGAAGGUAGAUUGUACUUCGCAUGUGUCCAGGCUGCCCUUUUGCCUAUCGGGCUAUUCUGGUUUGGAUGGACAUCGUAUUCAUCGAUACCCUGGAUCGUGCCAACAAUAGCCGUUGGGUGCGCAACCAUGGGCAUAUAUUCGGUCUACCUAGCAGUGUUCAAUUACCUGGCAGACACCUAUCAUCGCUAUGCCAGUUCGGCUAUUGCGGCACAGUCUUGCUGCCGGAAUCUCCUUGGGGGCGUAUUUCCGCUUGUUACAAAUGCUAUGUUUACCAACCUGGGAUAUCCAGAAGCGUCUAGUCUCCUUGGCGGGAUCGGGUUGCUUCUGACGCUCGUACCAUGGAUACUUAUGCUCUACGGACCAAGGAUUCGUGCGAGAAGCAAACUAGCUAGUGUUAGUGUUCCCUGA